AUGAAAAUAAUUAUUUUAGGAAUUUUUUUAUUUGUUGGCACAUGUGUUACAUUCCCAUCAUAUCGAGAUAGUAUUCCAAAUGGACACAAGGUGCCUAAUCCGUGUAAGGGAUCUUCUGGAUUGUGGGAGGGUGUUGGACACAAUAUACUUAUAGGCGGUGGACAGAGAAAUGUGUUCGGUAAGGAUUUUGCAGCUGCAAAAAUGAAGUGGACCGCUGAGUUAUGUAGAAAGGAUUCAGACUCUGAUGGAAGGACGAACGGACAGGAAUUAGGUGAUCCGAACUGUACAUGGACCAAGGGUGCAACGCCAUCUGGUAGUGCGACAGGACAUCCAGGUGUCUGUGAACCGAUGGACCUCGAGGCAUGUAAAUCCGUGAACACAGCGAUAGUUUGUUUGUAA